AUGUCAUCUCAGAGCGUCCUGCCAUCGGCUGCCGCAGAAGGCUUCAAGGAUGCCUCCGCCUACGACACGCACCGUCCAUCAUACCCGGCGCAGGCCGUGGAGACCUUUCUGAGGAACUUGAAGCUGGCGGGCCAGUCUGACCUCAAUGUUGUUGAGAUCGCGUCAGGAACGGGCAAAUUCACCGAGGUCCUUGCCCAGCGGUCCGAGAGGUUCUUGAUCAAGGCAAUCGAGCCCCAUCAAGGCAUGAGAGAGAAGCUUGCAGAGAAGGAUCUUCCAGCCGUAGAAGUGGUCGACGGCUCGGCAGCAAAGAUGCCUGUCUCUGAUGAGUGGGGCGAUGCGUGUAUUGCAGCACAGGCUUUCCAUUGGUUCGCAACGCCAGAAGCGUUACGCGAGAUUCACCGGGUGCUCAGACCAGGCGCUGUGCUUGGCAUGAUAUGGAAUGUUGAAGAUUACAACAAGCCCAUAGAGUGGAAUGCGACUACGAAGUGGGAGCAGAAGCUUAACGACUAUGUGUAUUCACUUGACGACGGGCUUCCUCGGUUUAGGCAUCAGAAAUGGAAGCAGGUGUUUGAGAAGCAACUUCCUGGAAACCCUCUGCAGGUCGUGAAGGAUACGUUCAUGGACCAUCUUCCGAGGUUCUCGCUGCCAAUGGGUGAGGGCAGCGAGAAGUGGACGGUGUGGUUGAGUGAGGAUGCCUUGUGGUCAAGGCUGAACACGUUGAGCCAGAUUUCUGUGCUCCAAGGCGAGGAGCGCGAUAACGCGGCCAAAGUAUUCAAGGAGGCCCUACAAGGCGAAGACGUCGAGCGGAACAAGAACGGAGAGAUCGCCGUGCACGGAGUGACGUACUUUGCGUGGACGGAUCGGCUAUGA